AAGCUCCAAUCACAGCUCCAUCAUCACAAACGCCUUUCUUUUCCAGGUUCCUGCUUGUCGGUCUACCUGACACCGAUUUUUUCCAAUCCUCCCCCCUUUCCCAUAUCCCUUCUGUUCCUUUCGUUCCUCCAACCAAUUUGAGAUACCCAUAUUCUUCAUCAUCAUCAACAUCACCAUCACCGAAAAUGCAGGUCCCUCUCAUCCGUCUGCAGUGCGGCGUCAACUCGUACGAAUGGGGCAAAAAGGGGAGCGAGUCGGCCGCCGCCAGAUUUGCCGCUGCCACGCCUUCAGACAAUCUGUCCAUCCAGGCCGACAAGCCCUACGCUGAGCUGUGGAUGGGCACUCACCCCUCCAACCCCUCCAAAGAUCUCACCACCGGCCGAACCCUCCUCGAUCUCUGCGCCGAGAACCAGCUCCUCCUCUCCCAGUCCGUCGCCUCCAAAUAUGGCUCAAAACUGCCCUUCCUCUUCAAGGUCCUGUCCAUCAACAAGGCCCUCUCCAUCCAGGCCCAUCCCAACAAGAAGCUCGCCGAGCAGCUCCAUGCGCGGGACUCGAAAAACUACCCCGAUGAUAACCACAAGCCCGAAAUGGCCAUUGCCAUCACUCCCUUUGAGGGACUCUGCGGAUUCAGGCCUCUGGGAGAGAUUGCCCACUUUCUGGAGACGGUGAAGCCAUUGAGGACUCUGGUCGGAGAGAGCGAGGCGUCCCAGUUUGUGCAGGCCGCCAAGCAAGAGGGCGGUGAUGAGGCGGCCAAGAAGAAGGCCUUGCAGACUGCAUUUGGAGGAUUGAUGUCGUCCUCUCCCGAAGACAUUGACAGAGAAACCGCUAGCCUCGUUGCGCUCGCCGAGUCUGAGGGCGCCGACUUCGCUGCCGGUGGUGUGUCAUCGACCAAGGGCGCUGUCCUCGCCGAGCUUGUCACUCGCCUCAACGGCCAGUUUGGCUCCGAUAUUGGCAUUUUUGUCCUCUUCUUCCUCAACUUUGUCACGCUACAGCCCGGAGAGGCGCUGUUCCUCGUCGCCGAUGACAUCCACGCCUAUGUCUCUGGUGACAUUGUCGAAUGCAUGGCAGCUUCCGACAAUGUCGUCCGCGCCGGUCUUACACCAAAGUUCAAGGACGUAUCCACCCUGGUCGACAUGCUCACCUACAACUACGCGCCCAUCGAUGAGCAAAAGAUGACUCCUACCGAAUAUCCCUAUGCGACUCUGAACCGAAAUGCCUACAGCUCCGGAUCUUCUGUCAUGCUGUACGAUCCUCCGAUUGAGGAGUUUAGCGUUGUGCGCACUCUGCUUCGCGGAGAGGGAGCCAAGGCCACUUUUGACCCCUUGGAGGGACCCAGCAUUGUCAUCUGCACCGGUGGCAAGGGCACAAUCGCCGUGGGACCGACAAAACAGGAGAUUCAGGAGGGUUACGUGUUUUUCGUCGGAUCCACCGCUGAAUUGGUGCUGGAAUCCGCCGUCGGACAGGACGAGGAGUUUACCACGUUCAAGGCAUUCUGUGAGAUUGAUGCGUCUGGAAAAUAGAGGCUGCAAUUACCUCCUUCAAUUCUUUUCCACGAUAUCUAAAGAUGAAACGAAUUCAUGAGCAAUUGGGAAAUUUUGGUAGGGCAAAUAAUACAAAACAAGCUAGAAUUGAACUUGAACAGCAUUCAGUCAGGUAGAACAUGUCAUGUCGCGUCUUGUCUUCCAGAUGCCCACUACGUCACGUCAUUGCCGCUCCUCCGAAUCUCGCUCUCAUAUGAAGCUGUCAUUCCUGAGCGC